ACAGGGGUAGGGACUUGGGGGAGGAGGACAUACCAGACUUGUUUCUCUUCACCCUGGGAAUGACCAGUAGAUGAACUGCCUGGAUUUUGACUGCAUUCAGAAAUUUCUGACCACAGGACUCAUGGACCACCAUUUGAAGUACUGAGGAUAAUAAGAAACAUCUGAAUGACUUAUUCUAGCCCUGUGAGCUGACCUCCGGAGCUAACUUGGUAGCCCCACCCUUCGGGUGGGGAAAAGCCCAAGAACUCUUAGGAGUGAAGCCUUUCCCGCUCUCUUGCUGCUCCUCCUAAAUGUUUCCUCUGCAGCUGCAUAGGCUGGCAGGCAGCCUGAGAUGGAGCCCUACUCAGAGGACCUCUGCUGGGUUGCCCGGAUCCUGGGACUCACCAGCCUCCUCCUCAGCAUCUGCAGCACAGUGGGCCAGAGUUCUGGAAAAUAUGGUUCUGAAGUUCAGCAUUCUAGAUUUGUUCCUAUGCAGGGGAUCCAAGGAGGUUCUGUGUUGUUUCGUAUAGUCAAGAAGCAAGAAGCUGACCCAGAGGAGGUCUCAUGGGGCUUUGGCCCUGAGUUAAACUACAGAGUCCUGCUGCAAGUCCGCCGUGGGGCAGACACCCCAACCUGGGUCAGCCUCCAGGACAAGUACCAGCAGAGGGUCCAUGUGCCCAAUGUGACAUCCUUGAAGAUUGAGAACCUGACCCCAGAGGACAGUGGGCAGUACCGGGCUCGAGCCAGCUUCACUGGAGGAAUGGAAUUGAACCAGGUUUUCCUCCUCACUGUCUAUGAGCCUGUGUUCCUUCCUGAGAUCCUGGUCAAUUCAUCAUCCAUUACACCGGGCUUGUGCAAUGUCACCCUGGAGUGCAGGGACCCAGAGAACAGAAAGGACCUGAAGGUGACCUGGGAGAGCGAGGGCCUUCCCAGGGAGCUGGAGUGGAGUGGGACACCAGGACCAGCCCCCAGCUCCUGGAGCCUGACUGUGAACCUGUCCCUGAGCCAGCCCAAUGCCAGCCUCACCUGUGUGGUCAGCAACCAUGCAGACAAGAAAACUGCCACUGUAGACUUUGCACAAGUCUGUUUCCCUGGUUCACAAGAACAGACCAUUGCUGGUCUCCUUGAAGGCAUCCUAUGUGGCGUCGUGGUUGUGCUAUUCUUCCUGGGAACUGGACUGUACUUUUGGAAGACAUAUAAGAACGAAAGGAACACAGAGACUGGAAGAGGCAGGUUGCACUUCUCUUUCAUCCUCAGAUAAUUCCUCUCUUCCACUGAAACCCUUUCUUCUUCAUUUUGCUGCUCAGAGAUUGCCCUUGCAAAGGGGCUGGUGUGUGUGAUCAUGGCAUUGGGGUCAUAACCAUGGAGCUGGGCACAGGUUUUCGAGACUGAGAUUCAAGCUCCACUCUGUGUAUGUGUAUGACUCAGGAGCAGCAUUGCAGGAGGACCACAGGAACCAAGAUGAUGGCGAUUGGGCAGAGCAGAGCCAGGAAGAAUAUCAACAAGGCAUGUACCAGAGUAUCAGUGCACAACAUCUGGAACAAGAGUUGCCUCUCAACACUGUCUACUCUGCACAACAUCUGGAACAAGAGUUGCCUCUCAGCACUGUCUACUCUGCGAUCCAGAACAUACCUGUGAGGGUAUGAAGAUAAUAUAAUUGGAGGAAACAGGAAUCUUGGGACACCUCCACUCUGAUGCUGACAUCCUUCAUUUACCUGCUUGAAUUCUGGUUCAGCUCUGGCUGCUCCUGGUCUUUUACUCUGACCUUUGUGAUCUCAGCUCAACAAGAGAUGGAGCUGGAAUUUCAGAGCCUAUAAUGGACCAAGUUUUAUCCUGGGCACUCUACAAACAUUAUCUCUUCUAAUUUUCACAAGGAACCUCUAGGGUAGGUAUCAUGUUCUGUAUUUUAUAGGACAGUAAAUACUAUUCCCAAGCUGUUGGUGGCAGAUGAAAACCUUAAAUUCAACACUGAGUGAAUCCAGAUUUCAUAUAUUAUCCUUUCUGUACAUGGGCACUGAAUCCUGAAAUAUUGGAUGGGAAUAUCCUUCCUUUGUUCCUCUUUCAAAGACCUAGCCUCUGAUGCUGGUGCUGCAAUAUGGACUGAGUUCAUUGGUGAAUCAUCUGGUGGCUAAAGAGGUAUUACUCCUUAAGUGGACAAUGGGGACUUGGUGCAUGGGAGGCCUGGAAAGAGGGAUCUUGACCUCAGUUUAGAGGAAACAUUCUGAGAGGAAUGCUUCUCACUCUUGGGUCUUGUAAGAGUUCUUCCUCUCUUUACAAGAUGUAUUGUGGAUUUCAGCAGCACAGUCUUCAAACCAGCUCCACUUACAUUGUUAUUCAAAAGUUCACUCAAUAGAUUUUACAUAAGUUUUUCAUUUAAACAUUCAAUGAUUCUGUGAGGCAGAAAUUUCCACUGCACAGGUGGAAAACUAAAACUUACAGAUGUUAAACACCACAUUUAAGCUCCUCAAGUAAAGUGAUAUGCCUGAUUUGGGUUUACAGAGGAUCACAGUUUCACUAAUUUUGACUCUUUUUUUCCUCCAUUAUUCCAGACACCCAACCAAUCAUUAUCUUCCACUGGGUUAUCCUUCAAGAUGGUUUUUGUAGUCCACCCUCCUCUUGUUCUUUUAUUCUUAUUUUCUACCUAUAGAAAUAUUCUACCUGCAGUUUCACCAUUUUCACAUUUCCACCAGCAAUAUAGGAGGAUUCCUGCACAUAACUCUUAUAAUUUUUUUGAUUAUAACCUUCCUUGUAUGUGUGUGAUGUAGUAUCUCACUGUCAUUUUGAAUUGCAUUUAACUAAUAAUUAAUGAAAUUAGAAUAUGAUUGCAUCUUGGCAGGGAAACUAUGAAAACCUAGACUGUGUUAAAAAGCAAAGAUGUCAUAAGGGUGACACAGGUCCAUAUAAUCAAGGCUAUGGUAUUUCAAGUAGUCGUACAGUUGUGAGAGCUGGGCAAUAGAGAAGGCUGAGUGCCAAAUAAAUGAUGCUUUCAAACUGUGGUGGUGUAGAAGACUCUUGAGAAUCCCGUGGAAAGCAAGGAGAGCAAACCAGUCAAUCUUAAUGGAAACCUGGGAUACUCAUUGGAAUGCUUGAUGCUGAAACUGAAGCUCCAAUAGUUUGGCUACCUGAUGUGAACAUCUGACUCAUUGGAAAAGACCCUGAUUCUGGGGAAAGAUUGAAGGCAGAAGGAGAAGAGGGCAACAGGGGAUGAGAUGGUUGGAUGGCAUCACUGCUUCAAUGGACAUGAACUUGGGCAAACCUGGGAGAUGGUGAGGGACAAGGAAGCCUGGUGUGCUGCAGUCCAUGGUGCUGCAAACAGUUGGACACAUCUUGAUGACUGAGCAAAAACAGUGAUGAUGAAUAAGGUUGAAUAUUUUUUCAUGUGUAUUAACUAUUUGUACACCUUAUUUGAAUUAUUCAGUCUCUCCCUCUAAGUCUCUCUCAUCAUGCUUUGUUUCCACCAUACCAAUAGAACUGCUUUUGUUCAAGACACUAGGAAACUUCAUGUCAUUAAAUCUAAUAGACAGUCUGUUUCAUCUCCCUUGAAGCUCAGCAGCAGUGGUGCUGUCCUUGCUUGAAUCCCUGCAUCACUUUGUAUUCAACAAUCACAAUUCUUUCUCUCACACUCAGUGGUAGCUUCCUUGUUGCUUUGACUAGUUUCUUUCUUAUCUCUUCAAUCUCACAAUUCUGGAAUAUCCCAGGCAUCAGACACAGACCAUCCACAUCACUUUUCUUCACUAUCUACACUCAUUACUUUCUGGUGUUAUGCUGCUGCUGCUGCUAAAUCGCUUCAGUCAUGUCCGACUCUGUGCUACCCCAUAGACGGCAGCCCACCAGGCUCCCCCAUCCCUGUGAUUCUCCAGGCAAGAACACUGGAG